AUGGAUAAAAUGGACUUAAAACUUGAUAACUUUAAAAAGGACUGUAAAAAACAAAUGGAAAUAAUUUGUGAAGGCCUACAACAUCAGAAAACUGAAAUCACAGCUAUUGAACAAUCUCUUAGUGAUAUGGAUAGCAGGUUGCAAGCAGAUGAAAAUAACACAGAAUGUUUACUAAAACAAAGCUCAUUUCUACAAUCCAAAGUGGAUGACAUAGAGAACUGGUCAUGCAGAAACAACAUUAGGAUUUUUGGUUUCCCUGACAACAUAGAAGGUAAUAAUUUGCCAAACUUCCUGACAACCUGGCUGCAAGAAGUCCUGGACUUGCCUGAAGCCUUAUCCUAUGGUAUUGAAAGGGCGCACAGAUCCUUAGCUUCAUCUAAAACAAGUAAAAACAAUUCUACUAAAUCUAUUGAAGAUAGCCCUGAUGUCCGUGCAGCACGCAAGGUGGCAAACUUUAUUGGUAGUGAGCACCAUGAAGUGACUUUUACUCCUGAGAAGGGUAUCAGCUGUUUAGAUGAGGUCAUACGUACCUUGGAAACUUAUGACAUCACAACAGUACGAGCAUCUGUAGGUAUGUAUUUGGUUUCCAGGUAUAUCAGGAAGACCACAGAUAGUGUAGUAAUUUUCUCCGGAGAAGGCUCAGAUGAACUGACUCAGGGAUACAUUUAUUUUCACAAGGCACCUUCCCCUUUAGAAGCUGCAGAAGAAAGUGAACGGCUUUUAAAGGAGCUAUACAUGUUUGAUGUUCUGCGUGCAGAUAGGACUACAGCAGCUCAUGGACUUGAAUUAAGAGUUCCUUUCUUGGAUCACCGUUUUACGACUUAUUACCUCUCCUUACCACCAGAGCAUAGAGUUCCCAAGAACGGAAUUGAAAAGUUCCUUUUGAGGGCUGCUUUUCAGGAUUCUAAACUGCUUCCAGAGGAAAUUCUGUGGAGACCAAAAGAGGCCUUCAGUGACGGUAUAACUUCAGUCAAAAAGUCAUGGUUUGCCUUACUGCAGGAAUAUGUUGAUUCUCAGGUGAAUAAUUCAGACCUAGAGAGAGCAGAAGAGAAAUUCCCUUUCAAUACGCCAAGUACAAAAGAUGCCUACUAUUACCGCCAGAUAUUUGAGAAACAUUUCCCAGGCCGAGCUGACUGGUUGAGUCAUUACUGGAUGCCUAAGUGGAUUAAGGCUACCGAUCCUUCAGCACGCACAUUGUCUCAUUACAAAACAGAAGAUGACAAGAAUGGAGCUGAAAAAGUACACCUGGACCGUUGUUAAAAAAAACCUGAAAAAUUAUGCCCGGACCAGUUUUAAAAAUAUACCAUUAAAAUAAAGCUGAAAAAAGUACAUGGACCAUUUUAAAGAAUGAACCAUUAAAAUAACAUGUCUUAAAAAAAAAAAAA